UUUUGUCUUCUGUUAUAUUUUUAAUAGGGGGCAUUGUGCGUUAAAAAUACCGUUGACGACCUUGGCCACCUAAAACUUUACAUAUGUCUUACAGUAACUAAUUGAGUAACGUUGAUCGCCGCCACAAUUUUUGAAAUCUGAUCGUGUGCACGUAAUCAACUUUUAGUUGUUUCUUCUUUAUUUUGUAGUCAAGUUAUUGAUUCGCACAAUUCAUAAAAUAGUUCAACACUUUCCGAUUUUCAUUCUUUGACAGGAGUCAUGUAUUGAUAUGGCAAAGAGCCAAGUUCAAGCUGAAAAGCAUUUUGCGCACAAGUUGUCUUUGUAUACUCUCUGCCUUAGUGUACAAAAAAGCUAAAUAACGGAUUUAAAAAAAGAUAAAGAACGUUCUAGUCUUCAUGAAUUUGGUUUGGAUGCAGUGUCCAGUGCUGUUGCCACGGCGAUAGCCAGAUCAGUUGUUGCUCCUUUUGAUAGGGUUAAAAUAAUUUCCCAGGUUCAUUAUACUUCACUAUCCAAUGGACAUCAUGCUCAUUAUCAUCCUGGAAUCUUUACAACAUUAAAUCAAAUUUAUCGUGAACAAGGUCUACGAGCAUUAUGGUUUGGAAAUUUUACCAACAUUUUAAGAUUUGUUCCUUCACAGGCUGUGAUGUUUGGACUAAAUACAUUUUACCUAAAAUUUUUGUUGGGUAAUAUUAAACAUAAAAAUGAUGGUUGGAGCCACACUGCGUUGAGUCUUAUAUCUGGUGGAUUAAGUGGUGCCACUACACUUUGUAUGUUUUAUCCAUUAUUAUUUUGUCAAACACAUUUGGCUUCUCAUGUUGGUCCAUUAGUGGACCGUGAAUAUACUGGGCUAUUAGACUGUAUCCAAAAAACAGUACACACUAGUGGAGUACGCACUUUAUAUACAGGAUUUGCUAUAGCUGCUAAUGGUAUGGUCAUAAAUAAAGCCAUAUAUUUUGGAGCAUAUUAUAGCUUUAAUAAAGCUAUCCUAGAUCACACUAAUAGCUUAGUAUCAAAUGAUGAAAAAGAUAAAAAGUUACCAUUUUGGGUUCGCUUUGGGACAGCUCAGAUUUCUACUUUUUUAUCUCAACUGUUUAGCUAUCCUCUAGACACAGUGGGAAGAGUUUUAAUUGUACAAACUUCUCACGAAGAAAAAAUUUACCUUAAUGCAAGAGAUUGUUUUUCAAAGUUAUGGCAAUCACAAGGAAUUACAGGAUUAUAUAGAGGAAUGGCACCAAAUAUGAUCCGGGCAAGUGGUUCUGCAUUAAUUCUUGUAUUACAUGAUGAAUUUAAAUGGAUUUUGAGUAAAACAGGUUUUUUUGCUACUGAAAAUCAAAAUGAUUGAAGUGAAAAACUGUAGCUUAUUCUUCAUAAUAUUGUGUAUUUAGUAGAUGUCAUAUGUUUCUAGUCAAGUAUUUUCAAUCUUGUUAGUGUAUGAAACCAACUUUUAUAUACCGUGUAAAAUUUUAAAUUACUUGUUAUGACAUUAAAGUAAUGUGACUGUUUUUA